AGAAAUCAUCAGUUUCGUGUGGAUUUUGAAGAAAUGGGGUUUCGUUCUCGUUCUCAUUCUCAUCUGUUCCUCAACGAGUUCGAAACGUCCGCCGGAAGAUUCAACUCUCUCAGCCGUAACCACUGCGAUCAUCCGUACGCUUCCGACGUUGUGGAUACACUUUCUGAACAGUUCUCUUCGAUGUCUCUUCUCCGUCGUAAACCCAGACCGGUUCCUGCUUUACCUUCGAGUCUUCAGUCUUCUUUAAGGCUUAAUGGUGUUAAAGAUGAUCAGAGAUUGUACCGAGAAAGGCUCAAUCUUGAACCGUUUUAUGAACUUCAUCUUUCAAGGAUCCGCAAAAACGAGUCACAGCAAGAUAGAGCUAAGGUUUUACAGAGACAAGAGGCAAGGUUGCAGAAGAGAGGUUUGGUUCAUCGAAACGGCAACGUUUUGAAGGAAUCUGUAGGAACCGGCGUUUUCCACCCUCUUCAGCGUCCAACUUUUAAGACUUUUGACUCUGUGAAGAAGCAUAAUAAUUGCGGAAACCACGGCGGCGGCGGGGGAGGAGGAACCGCCAGUCGAAUCUGCGGAGCAAUCAUUGGCUUCAUCAUCAUCGUCUUGAUAACAAUCUUCCUCGUUUGGGUAAUCCUCCAACCGACAAAACCAAGAUUCAUCCUCCAAGACGCCACCGUCUACGCCUUUAACCUCUCGCAGCCUAACCUCCUCACCUCAAACUUUCAGAUCACAAUCGCUUCACGCAACCGAAACUCCAGAAUCGGAAUCUACUACGACCGUCUUCACGUCUACGCUACUUACCGGAACCAACAAAUCACUUUACGUACAGCCAUUCCUCCGACGUACCAGGGCCAUAAAGAAGACAACGUUUGGUCUCCUUUCGUAUACGGAAACUCCGUCCCUAUCGCUCCUUUCAACGCGGUGGCUCUUGGCGACGAGCAAAAUCGCGGGUUUGUCACGUUGAUUAUACGCGCCGAUGGACGCGUGAGGUGGAAGGUCGGGACUCUUAUUACAGGGAAGUAUCAUCUCCAUGUUCGUUGUCUCGCGUACAUAAAUCUGGCUGAUAAAGCCGCCGGAGUUCAUGUCGGCGAAAACGCCGUUAAGUACAUGUUGGUCAAUAAGUGCAGUGUCAAUGUUUAGGAGGUAAAAAAAGGACACAACUUUG